AUGAGUACUCAUAUCAGUGAUGAAGAACCAGAAGGAGGGAAUUUUGAUCAAAAAAAUAAAAUAAGUAGUCAUGAAAAAAAUCAAAUUAUAAACAACUUUAUUAUUAAUUAUAACUUGAAAAAAGAAAAUUAUACUGAAAGUGAAAAAGGAAAUGAAAUAAAUAAAAUAAAUGAUAUGCAUGAAAUAAAUAAAAUAAAUGAUAUAAAUGAUAUAAAUGAAAUAAACAAAAUAAAUGAUAUAAAUGAAAUAAACAAAAUAAAUGAUAUAAAUGAAAUAAACAAAAUAAAUGAUAUAAAUGAUAUAAAUGAUAUAAACCAAAUAAACCAAAUAAAUGGAAUUAAUCAAAUUGUAAAUAGAAAAAAAAAUAUGGACACAGUUUAUAAAAAUAUUAUAAACAUGUCAAACAAUAUGACCCAAAUGUAUAAUAGUAUGAACAACAUGUCACACAAUAUGAUCAAUGCUUCAAAUGAUAUGAUGGAUAUUUCAGGAAAUAUAACUAGUCAUAUAAAUAGCAUGAAUAAUAAAACUAAUUAUAUCAUGAGCAACCAUUUAAAUAGUAUCGAAAAUGAAACAAAUAAUAUGAUAACUAGCCAAAUAAACAUCAUAAAUCAUAAACCAUAUAUUACAACCAAUCAUAUAAACAAUAACGAUAAGAACCAAUCAAACAAUAUCUGUAGCCAUAUACCGUCUAAUAUUAAUAAUAACUCCAUGGCAAAACAUAACGAUAUAAACAACUCUUAUGUAAAUGUUCUAUACUUUAGAAAAUUAAAAUUAAAUAAAAAAUUAUUCGAAAAAUUAAAAAAUAAAAAUAUCGUAAUAUAUUUAAAAUAUAAAGAUAGCACUUGUACUAGUGAAAAAAUAGAAAUAACAGAUCCUGAGAUUAAUAAUUUAUAUUUAUGUUUUUUAAUAACAGAACCGUUUCUAGAAAACGAAAAGAAAAUUAUUAAAAUAUAUAUCAAAUGUUUUAAAGAUGGAAAAUAUAAAAUAUUAUCCUUUGGUUUUGUCGAAUUAAAUUUUAUUGAUUUCAGUGAAAAAUUUUAUAGAAAAAAAAGUUAUAUGUUAUGUUAUGAUAAAAAAAAUAAUAAAUAUAUUUUUGGUUAUUUCAUAUUAAUUCUAGCAAAUCAAAUAAAAUGGAAGGUAUGUGAUAAUAAAGUAUUUUAUGAAUAUAUCAAAAAGUCAUAUUUUGUUUCUAAUCGAAAGAAUUAUGACCAGCAAAUAUUUUAUAUAUGUAAAAAAAUACAAAAAAAAUUAUUACAAUCAUAUUAUAACAACACAACUAAUCCAUAUACAUAUUUACAUAAUCAAGCUUUAUUAAAACAUUUUAGUGUUACACAUAGUUGCCCAGGUACUUUUAGUCUAAAUACUUCUAAAAAGAAAAAUUCAUACGAUAGAUACAAAAAGGAAAAUCAUAUAGAAACAAAUAAUCAAAAUUAUCUUCAUGAUAUUAAAAAGUCUAAAUCAUUAAUACCUUUGAAUCUUAUGCAAAAUGAGAUAUUAUAUCCCCAAUUAUCUCAUGACAAUUAUAAAAUAAAGAGCAUGGCACAUAACAAUCAUAAUAUAACCAAUUAUACAACGUAUAAAGAAAAAUGGGGAGAUGAAAAUUUAUAUGAAAUGAAAAAAAAAAAUUCUAUUCAAGAGCAAAAUAAUAUGUUAAUGAAUUCUAAGGGUCUAGAAAAUCAAACGACAGAAAAAGUAUUAUUAAAUCAUGAAGAAAAUGAAACGAUUAAAUGUUAUAAAGACAAUCAUCAAAUCAAAAAUGAUUAUGAAAGUGAUCAUAAUUGUGAUAUCAAACCAUAUUAUGAAAAUGAAAAUAUUAAUGAAUACAAGGAUAAUCACCAAAUCAAAAAUGAUUAUGAAAGUGAUCAAAAUUGUGAUAUCAAUCCAUAUUAUGAAAAUGAAAAUAUUAAUGAAUACAAAGAUAAUCAUCAAAUGAAAAAUGAUUGUGAAAGUGACCAACAUUAUAAUUUUAAAACCCUUAAUAUAAAACAAGUCACAAAUCAAAUAGAAGAUAUUAAGAGUGAACAAAAUAACGUAUAUUCAAAUAUAACAGAAAACCCCUUUUUUAAUACCGAUGAAUAUGAAAUUAAUCAUUCAUUCAAUAAUAUAGGUGAAUAUCAUGAUACAGAAAAAAAUGAAUAUAUAAAAAAUAAAGUAGAUAAUGAAGAAGAGGAAUCAAUAGAAAAAAAUAUUUUUGAUAAUAUUAUAUGUGAAAAGUUAGAAAAUAUUCUAAAUAAUGAUAUUGAAAGUUUUAUACAAGAGAUACAAUUCAUACUUGAACAUUUAAAGAAAAAAAUAAUAAAAAAAAAUGAUUAUUUCUUAAAUGAAUUAAAAAAGGAUCAUAUAUAUGAAUAUAAUGAACAACUGCAUUCCAAAUACAAAAAUGAAAAUAACGAAGAAUAUACAUUAGAAGAUUAUAUAAAUAAAUCCAAAUAUAAUAAUAAUGUAAAAAAUGAUAUUAUGAGUAUAUUACAAAAUUGCUUAAAUACCACUUUAUUAUAUAUUAAAUGUAUUUUAAAAGAUACUAAUAUAAAUAAGCAAGAAAAAAACAUUUUUGCAGCAUAUGAAAAUAUCAUUAAAAAUAUAAAACAAGCCUUAUCUCAUUAUGUAAUGGAAAAUGAAACAUUUAAUCAUGAUAUAUUAAAUAAAGACAUAUUAAAUGAAAAUAAAAAUAUUUCUUUACAUACCUCUGUUACAAAAUCAAUAAACUCUAUUACAAACAAAAAUUGUAAAUUAACAAAAAUGGAAAUUCAAGAAAAUCAAAUGGAGUCAUGUAAAGAAAAAUAUAUCGAUCAUUAUAAUAAAACAACAAAUGUGCUAAAAGAAAAGAAUAACAUAAAUUCAUACAUAAGUAGCGAUGAAACUUUAAGUACUUCAUCAUUAUCAAGUUGUUCAAAUGAAUCUCACAAAAAAAUAAAACAUAUGAGUAGACAAAUAGAAUAUUUUAAAAUGAAUUCAUAUAUUAAUGAAAAUAUAUCAAGCGCUUUCAAAUAUUAUGAACUGAAAUGGAAGAAUAAAUUGGCUAAAAUUGGGGCAUAUAUAUGA